UUCAGUCAUGACCUUCCCAGCCCUUCCCAUCUACUCCCUUCCUCUCCUCCUUCUCCUUUCUCACCUGGACUCCACCCUCACCUGUCGUACUGGCAGGAAAUCCCAGUGUGACUCCGCCCCCUUCGUCCCCGGUCACAACCUGGCAGGGGAGGGGUUUGACGUGGUGACCCUGAAACGUAAAGGGGCCUACCUYAUAGACCUGAAGACCUACCUGUCRCCCAYUYAAACCUGUACACUGUGUAGUAACCCCCUAUACGGGAAUGAGCUGCAGAAAAUACCCCUGUCUGUUGUAGACUGGAGGCCCUACAGCCACUGUACUGAGGAUAUCUCCAGCCACUCCCAUGCCUCUGUCAGUAACCUGGCACAGUCCACUACCAACGAGAUCUCUACAAAAUGGAAGGGGGGUUUGAGUAAUGAGGCGAAGGUGUCUGUAAGCGUACCUGUGGGACCGGUGAMUGRYYGUGUGGAGAAGGAUGUGGGCGCUAGCAUAGAGAUGGGAGGYUCCCAGUCUGAUGUAGCCAUCUUUGCCAKAACSAAGACCAAAGAGGACCGCCACUCUUUCUUCUCACAGAAUCGCCGCUGCCGUCACUACAGUUAUCGCACGCCAAACACUCCAACUCUCAGCGAUGAGUUCCGUAAGGACAUUGAACGUCUGGAAUCAUACUCUAAGACCUCUAAGGUCCAGUACCGCCGGCUCAUAGACACCUAUGGGACUCACUACAUACGCCAAGUUGACCUGGGAGGCAGGCUGACGAUGAUUACAGCAAUACACACCUGUCAGGCCUCACAUAGUGACCUCUCUACAAACCAGGUGGAAUCCUGCUUGUCCAGGGGCUUCAAGGUAAACGUUGGGAUGUCAGUUUCCUCUAGCGACGAAAGGUGCUCCAAAGUUCUGGACAACCGUGACUCAAAGACCUCCUACAGCUCUAGCUUUCUCAGCCACCACACCAAGGUGGUGGGAGGCACUGGUUGGCCGGGSGAGCUGUCACUCAACCGUAACGACUCAGUGGGGUUCCGUAGUUGGAUGAGAACCUUGAAGAACUUCCCGGACGUAAUCCACUAUUCUCUAACGCCUCUGCACCUGCUCAUAUCCAACACGACUGUCCAGCAGGGAGUGAAGGAGGCUGUCCAGGAUUACAUGAAGGAGAGCGCCCUCCCAGAGAGCACCGGGGAACUGUCCUGUGGGGAUCUUUACUCUAAUCUGGACUCAAACUGCUGCCUCAGGAAGGUCUCGCAGGGAAGACUGGUGGUGACGGUGGUCAGAGCCUGGGAACUUUAUGGAGACAUCAAGGAUAGCGGGAGAAACUGA